UUUGUAUGGGAAAAAAGCGUGCAAGGCCACAUACUCAGUUCAUUUUUCUACGGGUACCUUGUGUCUCUAAUUUUUGGCGGGCUACUGGCGGAACAGUUUGGCGGCAAAUGGGUGUUGGUGGGAUCGCUGGGCCUUUCCACUCUUGCUGUGCUCCUGACCCCAGUGGCCGCGCACAUCCACAUCGGGCUGCUGAUUUUCCUUAGGGUGCUCUGCGGAAUUGGUUCGGGCGUUCUGUAUGCAACCAUGCACGCAAUUUGGGACCAGUGGUCACCCAACUUUGAAACACUAUGUAGGUUACCCUACUUUAAAAGAUUAACACUAAGUGGGCUGACCUAUAUCGGUUAUCUUUUUUUUUUCCGGUUUGCUCUGCCAAUAUGGGUUUUCUCAGGGUUGGGAUUCCUUAUUUUAUAUUAUUGGUUAGUUUCGUUUUGUUGGCAAGUUUCAUUUUGUUGGUUACUUUUAAACGAUAAAGAUAAUAGACAUGAAAAUUUUUUGCGUUUAUUUUUAAACAUGUUUGCCGUCAAACUACCGUGGUCAAAAAUCUUCAAGUCCGGCCCCGUCUGGGCCAUCUUCUUUGCAAACUUCAGCACAGAUUGGGUCCUAAAUACCUACCUUACCAACAUACCCACGUUCUACAAGGAGGUCCUUUUCUUCGAUAUUAGCUCUAAUGGAUUUUUGACAGCUCUGCCAUUCCUGAGCUCGUUUCUUCCUAUGAUCAUAAUGCCAAAGAUUGCUGAAAAGUUGAAGUCGUCGGAGGUGCUCAGCACGGUGGCUACGAGAAAAAUAUUUACAUUUCUUGCCUUCCUCCUCAUCGGCCUCUCCUUCAUGGACUACACGCAGAAAGCGGUGGCUGUGUUACUCCUGGCUCUCGCUGUGUUCGUCGGUAGUUUAGUCUAUUGUGGUUGCCGGAUCAACCACACGGAUAUAGCCCCUCGAUACGCUAGCACCCUUAUGAAACUUGUUGAUUUGUUUUCAGCAUGUUCCGGAUUUUUGGCUACCACUCUUAACGCUUACGUCACGAUGGAUCAAUCCAGGGAAUCCUGGCGUAUUGUCUUUUUGAUAACAGCGGUGGUGUGCGUGGUGGGUGCAGUCCUCUACUGCGUCCUGGCGUCGGCGGAAAUCCAGCCAUGGGCACGUGAUCCGGUUAAAGUGGAUUCGGAGGGGACACAGGACAGAAUUGAGAUUUUCACGAUCUCCGGUACGUUGGUGCAACCUAACUCUCACCAGGUUCUAGGCCAGGGACAAUAA